AUGAACGAUUCCAACCCAGGCAGCCUGAAAUCGUCGGUAGGAGGCGUUGGUUACAAUGUAAGCAUGGCAUACAAGUAUGGACUCGAAAGCCAGGGCAAAAAGGGAUCGUACCGGUUUGUUUCCGCUGUUGGUGAUGACUUUGCAGGUCACUCCAUCCUUAAGCAAAUCAACGAGAAUUACCACGAUAUUAGCGGAAUAUCCGUGCAAAAUGGCAAGCAGACGGCACAAUACUCUGCCAUUCUUGAUUCUGAUGGCCUGUUACUUUUGGCUUGUGCAGACAUGGCCAUCAUGGAGGAUGUUUCUCUCGUCAAGCAUGUCAGUAAGCAAAUCGAGAGAGCACAGCCCAGGUUUGUUGUAGUGGAUUGUAACCUUCUGUCCGCAGGGCUUGAUGCAGUGAUUGAAGCAUGCUCAAAGCAGAUCCACCGGCCCAAAAUAAUUGUUGAGCCCACGUCGCAACCUAAGCUGGCUCGGAUAGCAGGCAUCAAUUCCCGACGUCUUAGUGUGUUUCCCAACUGCAACAUCCACAUGAUCACGCCCACCAGCGACGAGCUCAGCCAGAUCCACCAGUCAUUUGCCAUGCGAGAACUCUUUGAUGACUACGACUACUGGUUUCCUGUGCUUGACUCGUUAGGAAUCGACUCUACCUUCAGAGACAAAAUGAGUGCAUUGGCUGCGAAAAACCCAACCAUGAAGGCUCUCAUGGACACUGGAGUACUCCAACAAAGUUUCCAGCUCCUUCCUUACAUUCCUAACAUUUUGGUCAAAUUGGGACCCCGUGGGUGUGUUCUCAUCAAGCUCAGCACCUCUGUGGCUGACUACAAAUCUGUGCCCACCACCUCGGCUUAUGCUCCAGAAUUUACCCUCACCUCUAUGGGUCGCGAAGUAGAUGGAAACCGUCUUGGAGUAGUUGUGCAAUAUUUCCCUAUUCCGAGCGAAAACGAGGAUUUGGCCAUUGUAAAUGUCACAGGCGCAGGUGACUCGCUAUUGGGUUACUUAUCGUCGACAUUGGUGGCGGAAGAUUGGAUGUCAUAUCAUAUUGAGAGUUUGGAGCAGGAAUGGGCCAAAUGGGAAAGCAUAUAUAAGUCGCAGUUGGCCAGUGGGAAGUCAUUAGUGAGUGAGGAUGCCGUGAGCAGAGAAAUUGGCCAGAUUUGA